GGAUGUGACGUUCCAUUCGCGGGAAAGUGAAGCAGCGCGUGGAUCCUACGGUUGUGUUGUGGAGUUUUCGUCUCUAAAAAGUAGAGGAUGCUGUCUGGACUGCAGUAUCCUGGCUGUCCUGAAGCCAGACUGCUGUCUCUGAGAGAAAAGCUGCCCUGUAGAGACGUGCAGGCAGGAACGCUGCUGGCAAUCAUGGGUGAGCCUGAGCAGUACUGCUAUCCCUCCGUCUUCAUUUAUGGCCAUCGAGCCACAGGAAAGAGUCACGUGAUCCUCACACUGCUGAAAGAACUGGAGCUUCCCCAUGCGGCAGUGAGCUGUGUGGAGUGUGUAUCUGCAGGGCUGCUGUUUGAGCAGACGUUGUUGGCUUUGUUUGGUGCGGACUCGGCCACUCUGCUCCCUCGCUCGCCCUCUCUUUCUGACUUUGUGCGAGUCUACAGACAAAUCUGUGCUCAGCAACCUGCCAAACAGACCCGAUACAUAGUUUUGGAAAGAGCGGAGCUCCUCAGAGAUAUGGAAGCCAAUCUGCUGCCUGGUCUGCUGCGCCUACAGGAACUGGUGGAUGAUAAUGUGACUGUAAUCCUGCUCAGUGAGAUCGUGUGGGACAAGUUUCGGCCCAACACUGGCUGCUUCGAGCCCCUGCUGCUGCACUUCCCCGAUUACACUAAAGCGGAGCUCCUGCAAAUUCUGUCUCUUGACAGUAACCCAUCCUACACACCUGAACUGUACUCAUCCUACAUCAACAUUCUGCUGGGAGUCUUCUACUCGGUCUGCAGAGACCUGAGAGAGCUACGGCACCUGGCUGCCCUCAAUUUCUCCAAGUUCUGCGAACCUCUAGAGAAAGGAGAAGCCAAAGAGGGCGACACACACAAACUGUGGAGGAACAUUGAGCCGCAUCUGAAGAGAGCCAUGCAGACCGUGUACCUGAGAGAGGUGUCCAGUGUUCAGUGGGAGCAGCAGCAGAUGGAUGAGAAGGAGGCUACAGCUCUAAGAGGUUUAUCAGCUCUUGCCCAUGUGGAGUUGCCGUAUUACUCCAAGUUCCUCCUGAUUGCGGCCUAUCUGGCCUCAUAUAACCCGGCUCGGACUGACCGCCGAUUCUUCCUCAAGCAUCAUGGAAAAAUGAAGAAAACCAAUUUCUUGAAGAAACAUGAAAAAACUAGUAACCAUCUGUUAGGACCGAAGCCAUUUCCUUUGGACAGACUGUUGGCCAUCUUCUACAGCGUGGUGGACAGCAGAGUGGCGCCAACAGCCAGCGUCUUCUCCCAGAUUUCCUCUCUGGUCACCCUGCAGCUCCUUACUCAGGUUGGACAUGACGACCAGCUGGACACACCCAAGUAUAAGUGUGCUGUCUCCCUGGACUUCAUUCUUGCAAUCUCUAGAACUGUGAGCUUUGACAUUGUGAGGUAUCUCUAUGACUUCCUAUGAAGACCUUAUUUAUCUGGGCAGGAGGCAGGCAUCUGAUUGGACAAUGCUUUGGGAUCACCCUAAUGGACAGCCGGACUAGCGAGUUGAUGGGAGAAUGUUCUUGUCAGCUCUGGGCUCACAGUGGCUGAUUUAGGAGAUGUGGGUGGGGGAAAAAGCUUCUUGUCUCCCUCCAGAAUCCCCUCCAGGCCUGAUUGCAUUUCAGAAAAGUUAUCCUUCACUUCCUUUAACUAUGUCUGUUUUUCAGAAACCAUUGUGUGGUGGUGUACAGGUUGUUUUAAAGAAAUUUAGUUGUUGCUUUUCAGUUUACAUCUAAUGUUAAGACCACUAAGCACUGUAGAUAUUCUGGAAGGUAAAUAUUUGGAAUUUUGUUAUGGAUUUAUCAGGAUGAAGUUAAUAGGGGGAGUAAGUAAGGAAGAUUUUUUUGUUGUUUGUUUUUGGAAUUGAAAUAGGUCCUCAGUGUCAGCACUGUAGGUGUUUAAAAGUGGACACAUCCGAAAUGAACAAGGCAUACUACUAUGUAGUGGCCAUAGCAGACUUCUUGCCAUGGUGUUGUGAUGAAUGGAUGAAUCAAUCGAUCCAUCAGUAAGUAAAUAAAUAAAUAAAUCAUUGUGUCAUAUUGUCAUUGUCAGCUGCAAUGCAAAUACUUGCAAAUACUUAUCAAUUUUGCUGAAAACAAAGAAAAAAUAACACUUGUUGAUGACAUUUUCUGUUAAAUUCAUAGGGGAUAGACCUGCUGGAGUUACCUUUUUCAUUUUCAUUAUUUUACUUAUGGGGUGGACAAUAUGAGGACAUUUGUUAUCGUGAUAAGUAACAUCACAAUCCACAAACGUUGGGCCUCUGUUACCACUUUUAGAUCACUGGACAACUGCAUGGAUUAUUUAGACAAAUUAUAGGGAGCCAGACAAAACCCAUUAACAGUAGACGUAUGUUUUCUUAAUAAUGGUAAAAAUCAAUAAGUUAAUAGUCACUUAAUUUCUUAGAAAUACUGACUUUUACUGCCAAUUAUAAAUAGUUAUUCUGACAUACAUGAUUAUUACCAUAAUAACAGUAACAACCA